AUGGUUUAUAAGCCCUGGCUGUGUUCUCAGUACUUCCAGACCACCCAGAUGCACUGCAGCAAGCCAAUCCCCUGUGGUCAGUACUGCCUGGAGGUGCAGCAGCGGUGCCCCUUCGUCCUGCCUGACAAUGAUGAUCUCAUUCAUGGAGGCAGCCCAAGUUUUAUAUGCACAGGGCUGCUGGAGGACUACCCAUCAGGUGUUGACCCGAAUGCAAAGUGCUGCGACGUGCGGUGGGACUUGAAAGUGGACAACCGUUCCCGGGGGACGCUGAAAAGAACUCACCCGCCAUGCCAGCACCGAACCUCCCUCAGCUCGUCGGCAGCCUGCAGACUGUGUAACAGCCGGCUCAAACUCUGCCUGCUGGUCCUUGUCCUCCUACACACUGUUGCCAGCCUCACUGCAUCCCACAAUGCAACAGGACUGGGCAUCCCCACCAUCACGCCUCUGGAGGAGAGCCCUGCCAAUGAGGAGUGAUAGAGCUGCCAGGAGGAGGUGAGGUUGUCCGGGUGGGGGAAUCCCUCACCAUGGCAACCAAUGUGGAAAAAUACAGCCACAGUUGUGCGACGGGCUGGAGCUGUGUGCCUGUGGACACUCUGCAACGCUUUCUGGCAAAUGGAAAAUGUGGGACGCUUGGAGACGAAAGACACACAAUUCAAUCAACAAAUACAUAAGAAAACAAACAGACACACUAAGGGACUCCAACAGUCCCUUAGGUAGAAAGGGGACAAUGCCACAGCCUUUGUUGAGUGGGAAGGCCGGCUUCCCCAUGGCUGAGUUUCUCUCAAUACGCUUUUUUACACUGUGUUCCAAUUAUUGGUUUCUGUUGCACUGGCUGACUAAGGGAUAACACAAUCAUAUUCUCUUUCUAAUGUUCAUCCUUUUUGAGUUUUAUUUCUGGUUCUCUCAUACAGGAAGAAAAUGUGUUCUCUAAAUAAGACAGAUAAUACGUUAAAAUAAUAAUUAGCUGCGAGUUUCUUUGCGAUUGAUAUGCGUUUCUGAACUGUGUGCGAGUGUGCAUGGGUGUACUUGUAUGUCUUUACACGUGUGAAUGUGUGUGCAGGUGAGGAUGAGUGUGUGUUGGUGACAAGUAUCAUACAAGGCGAGUUAAAAGGCUGAUGUGGCAAAGAUGCCCCCCCCAACUCCCUUUCAGAUGUCACUUAGCUCUGCUGUGCUGGUGUGUUGGCCACAAUCACUAGGGAAAUGGGAUUCAAAUGUGCUUCUGAAUUAGUUCUGGGGUAAACUAAGGUUUAUAGUUUUUCUACACUAGGAUGAAUCGUGAGAUAAUAUUUACCAAUAACACCAUUUUAAAAGAUCCAAAGCAAACCCUGAAAUAUGCAACACGUCACAACCGACCAGGAUGCAUUCCUUCAGCCUCACAAACGAUAUCUCACUUUCUGUUUUUAUGCCAAAUACAUUAAUCUUGCUAAACUGAUAUCUUAAUAUAUAAUAAGCAUAAUAUAUGCUAAGUAUGUGUCAUCUGACCUCUUGUGGACUCAUUCUAAGGACGUGUUGACAGAUCUCAGCAAUAACUUGUUGUGUAAAAUGUGAUCAUUAUCUAUAAAACUGAAAGCCAAAACUAUAAAAGUAACAUCUAAGACGUAUUAAACCAGAGUGAUCAUUAAACCUUAAGGCCAACACUACAAUAGGGCUGAGCCAUAUAAACAAAGUUACAUAAUUACAAUUUGGAAAUAAAAAACUAUAUUAAUAUAUAUGUAAAAUAAGAAAUAUGAAUAUAAACAUCUCAGGUUGCAUUCUGCUGUGUUUUGAAUGAAGAUAGAAAAGCAUGCAAUGAGAUGCCAAAGAACCUGUUUAAUGCUUUUAGUCAAUAUAAUGUCAAAGUUAGGAGGUAAUCUUUACAUUGGUUAUAGUAAUUGUCGUUUAAUUUCCUGUUAAUAAUACUAGUUGACGAAACAGUAUUUAGCCACUUGUAAUAAAAAUGAAAUUAAACACAGAUGGGAUUAUUUGUAUUUCAUAUAGAAAACAUGAAACUCUUUUAAGCUUGUCUUAUCCAAAGCUUUUAUUUUAGGCCUUUUACUAAAACCCCAUUCAGAUUGUGGUCACAUAACAUUUCUCAGCAGAGUUUAUUGACAUCAAAAGAUAUCACUGGAUCAAUAUAUACGAUACCCUGUUGUUCUUGACAAAGAAGCUUGUCUUAUUUUAGAUUUGAAAAGGUAUUAUCCAGUCAAAAUAGUUAUCCACAGCAUAAAUAAUUACUAAAUUGUCUUUCUGGCUCUAAAGACUUGUUUUUUCCCCUAGGCCUGCUGUAACCAGCAGUUAAAGUAGAAAUACAUUUUUCCUGUUAACACUGCAUUAAAAAGACUAAAUUUA